AUGAAUGAUCUUGAUGAUACUCAGGUUAUCCCCAUCCCCCACGAUAUGGUGCUGUCACGAGAGCAAGCUGAGAUCAGCUUCCCCAGCAGCGGGACAGCUAAAACCAUUAAGGAGAAGUUAGAGCCCACCCAGCUCAUAGAGCACCUCAAACCUCCAUAUUUAGCCGAUGAAUCGACCCAGCAUGUUACAGACACCCAAUCGGAAUUUUUUGUCAACCAGCCGCCUCAAAGUUCCGGCACCUCCGAGGAGCCAUCUGGCUCGCCCCACGAAACCACAGAUAUCGAUCUCAUGAGCCCCAGGGUCGCCCCUGAAACCCAUCAGGAUAACACACCAUCCUUGAGCGUUGCAUUCAAGCAAGCUGAUGACACGUUGGAAUUCAAUGAAACGCCGUUCUUGAACAAAAUCACCGAUCCGUUCGCAGACACGCCCCAGGCGGAAGACAAGCUGCUUGAGACGCCAUUCUUUCGCAAGCACAGUGACAUUUUCCUGGAAACCCCUACUAACAACAAAAACACCCGCAAGUCAAACGUCCGUAACAUCUUUGCUGACUUGCGGAAACAGGCGUUCAAUGAAGAGGGAUUCGACUACGAGUCCCAGGAGCCAGACGUUAUCUUUGCGGGUGCAGCUACCCAGAAGAUUUCUGACACGGCUACCCAGCGGCUAGCUACGGACGACGAGACCCAGAAAAUUGUGUACUCCCAGGACUCUGAGCCCUUGUUUCCCAUCUUGACGCCUCCAGACGCGCCUACCGUGGAGAUAAAACAGACCCAGGAUGGUUUGAGUCCGUUUGUGAAGGUUGUUCCAGGGCCUAAGAUUGAUGAGAUCGUAUCUGACGAUGAAGACCCCCAUAUGUCGAACGAAAACAGCAACGAGCUCGAUGAUUCAGUCAAGGGCCUCGAACUUCAGGAUACCCUCCCUAUCUAUGCUGCUCUUGCCAGACAUACCGAGCUACAAGAUACCGUUCCAAUGGAUGUUUUUCCUAUAGUGCGUGACGAGUUACAGACUGCUGCUCCUGUUCUAGUAAAAGAGACGGAGCAAGGCUCCCUUCCUAUCGAGACAGGAUCACCGAGGCAUGGCGACCCCCAAAAGGACCUUCAAGAUAUUGACAUGCCUGACGCAGAACAAGACACGGCUCCCAUCAAGAGUUCCUGGACUAAAGGUUCUGACUUGCACAAUCCCGCCGUGGAAGAUCCGAAUUUCUCGGUAUAUAUCAACCCUACAGGCGAUAGCGGCAACACCACCAAAUCCCCCCUCAGAAGUAAACCUCUUGUAUCAGAUUUCUUACCGGCCAGGUCCCCUCCUUCAAUCAGGGCCAUCCCGCGAAUGUAUCCUCCUAAGGGGCCAAUCGCCCAUGCGGCUACCCAGUCAUCCCCUGGCUUCAUUGCGGAGUCCUCGCCUUCCAUCAGAGACAAGUCCGACAUGCUAACCCUCAGAGCGUUUACAGAGAAGUUUCCCAAGUUGGCCUUUCAGAAUGUCAACCAGCCUCCGCCUGUGCAGCUCCCAUCAUCUCCCGACCAGUACAACAGCUUGCGCGAGCUUUCAGAAGAGAUGUUUAUAACCGUUGAUCCCAAUCCAGUUAAUGUCGACGCAGACUUUACCCAAGAAAUCGAUGAAGAAGAACCUCAUAAGCAAUUUCUGCUUCUCGAUAAGAUAACCGGGAAAACGUCUCCUAUCAAGGAAAAAUCUGCUGCCAGUCCACCAAAUUCUGAGACUGGCGAGGACGAGGAUUCAGCGAUUGGGACACGAUCCAGACGUCGGAAACUUGUCCGAGAUCUCAGUCAAGAGCUAAGCGAUAAGAUUCCCCCCGAAUCCUGCCUUGGAUCCACAUGGAAGACGGUUGGGAGAGGCAGGUACAAUCCGCCUGAAAGUAGUUCUCCGACGCGAAAAAAGACUAAAGGUGACGUGCUACCUCCAGAUAAAGCACUUCGCAAGGAUGAGACAACGUCCCACGAAAACUACUGUGUAACCCUAUCGUUAAAAGAUAAGAGCGAUGCAAAUCAUGAUACCGACUAUCCUACCACGACGGUCACCAAGGAGGCGAAGCGCAAGCUAUCGGGCAAGGAUUGCAAGUUCAAACGAAGCGUAUGGGCAAGAUACGGCACUGAUAUCUAUCCCGGGAUCAUCAACUAUGAAAAUCUGACCUCCACUCACGUCAAUGUCAAGUUCGGAGAUGGCGAUAGCAACGUCUCCCGAGACGACAUUUUCCUCUUAGACAUCAAGGUGGGUGACAAAGUAAAGCUUCUCGGGGAUGAGGCCAGCACCUGGGCCGUUACUGGUUUGACAUGUAACAAUCACUACCCCAGCACCAUUCGAUGCAUGCGCGGAUUUGAUUUUGUGGUGUUAAAAAAGGUCAAAGGUGGCCGGGCUGCCAAAACCGCGGAAGAAGAGGAGGUCGACCUCAGAGAUAUCUAUAUUACCCUGAACCAAUGGAAAGCCAGAAGGAAGCUACCCCAUACGUUUAACAUCCUUCCUGUCAAACCGGAGGAAACGGCGUCUCCCUUUGCCAGUCCGAAGCGAAAUCAUUCGUUGGGGGGUGAAUCUCCUGUGCUCCAGAGCCUUCGGAGCAAGCACAUCUUUAGCGGUUGUGUUUUUUGCAUCACCUCUACGAAGAAGUCAGACACGUCUAGAGUGGAGAGCAGCAUUCAGCGCUACGGUGGCACAAUCCUCUCCAGUUUCGAAGAGGGCUUGAUUCUUGACCGUACAGCCCUGGAGUUAUGCCUCACGUCAAAAUUCUUGAACCUGUAUCACUUCGGUGCAGUUAUUUCAGACGGCCACUGCCGAACGCCCAAAUAUAUCCAGGCAUUGGCCUUGGGCUGGCCGGUGCUCUCUGCGGAGUUUGUUUCCGACUGCAUCAGGGAUUACGCCAUCGUUUCAGACUGGCCGUCGUACAUGUGGGCAGCGGGGUUCUCUAAAGUGCUACAGGGGGUGCUGAGCCAUGAUACGUCUAAUUUCCGGGAAAUCCAGAAGGCGCAACUUGACCUCUCACACCAGUUGCGCAACCGCUCGCAUGUGUUGCAAAACUUUCGGGUGCUUGCCGUAAGCGACACCACGAUUUCACCCACCAUCUGCGAGUUUGUGGUGCAUGCGUUGGGAGCCAGGUCACUAGGCAAUUUCAGCAACUACUACGAUGCUGCAAAAGCUUGCAAGGCGCUAAAUCUCACUGAUAGUUGCAAGUUUUUGGUCUAUGAGUGUGAUAAAAAGACCAGAGAUAUUGCGCGGGAGUUUGAAGACGCGAUGUUUUCCCGUGAAAUCAAACGGCCGAAAACUGAAACUUCCGUGCUGUUUCGUGGCUUCUCUAAGAAAUCUAAACUACCAGUUAGACCUUCCACUGUUGACGCAGAGGUGGAGGGGGCUGGUGCAAACUAUAUCACAGACUACGACAAGUACCAGUUCCAGGGGGUCAACUGGGAAUGGAUGGUGCAGUGCGUAAUCAGCGGUCAUGCCUGGCCUGGCAACAAAGCUGAAGCAAUCGAUGAGGUUUAG